GCUUGUGUUUAUACUGUUAAGAAGGAAAAAAAUACACGCAGGUGCAGUGAGAUGCCGGAAAGGGCGAUAAAACUGACACUUUGUAACAGAAGGGGAGUCGGACUGUCGAGGUUUAUGAGCUGCAAAGUGCAGAUGAUGGAGUCCCUAACGCUUGACAUAGGUGAGGGUGAGAGAGACCUAGUAAUCCUUAGAUGAUAUUGUGGGACAGUGUUUCUGAAAGUGUGGUCCACAAGCAGUUGACAAGGAAACGGCCCUGUGCCAGAUGGCUGAUAUCUGACAUCAUGCGGCAUCACUGGCUGCUUCUGGGUGCUUGUGGCUGGGUGUUACUGAUCCUGAUGUUUGCCAGCAAAUUCAUCAACUUCCCUUUCAGAAGACCAGAUGAUUACGGUGGCAAACCGAAGUCAAUAAGUGCAACAGUGGCUACGCCUGGUGACAUACAACUCCAACUGGUUGAUAAGAAAAGAAUACCCACAGAAGGACUGCUUACUGCAAAGCCAUUACCGGUUGAUUAUGAAGACUGGGAGGCUGUCCAAGCAGGACGUCUUGAUCGUCUUUCCAGGCUAUGCAGCAAUGAUUCUUUGAAGAACCUUACACACACUCCAAUCACCAAAUUCAUCCUGGAUCGCAUAUUUGUCUGUGACAAGCAUAAGAUUCUCUUCUGCCAGACUCCAAAAGUAGGCAAUACACAGUGGAAGAAGGUCCUGAUUGUCCUCAAUGGAGCAUUCUCCAGUGUGGAUAAGAUACCUGAAAAUGUGAUCCACCACCAUGACAAAAAUGGGCUGCCUCGUCUUUCCUCUCUGAAUGAGAGUGAAAUUCUAAAAAGAUUAAAUUCUUACUUCAAAUUUUUCAUUGUAAGAGAUCCAUUUGAAAGACUGAUAUCUGCCUUCAAGGACAAGUUUGUACAAAAUCCACGAUCAGAGCCCUGGUACAAGCAUGACAUCGCUCCAGCAAUAAUGCGGAAAUAUAGGAGGAACCAUUCAGAAGCUAAGGGCCUGCAAUUUGAAGACUUUGUCCGAUACUUGGGGGAUCCCAACCACAAGAGACUAGACCGUCAGUUUGGAGACCACAUAAUUCACUGGAUAACAUAUGUAGAACUUUGUGCUCCUUGUGACAUUGUAUACAAUGCCAUUGGGCAUCAUGAGACCCUGGAGAGGGAUGCUCCAUAUAUACUCAAAGCAGCUGGCAUUGAUCAUUUAGUGUCCUAUCCCACUAUUCCACCAGGUAUCACUUUAUACAACAAGACGAAGGUGGAACAGUAUUUUUCUGGAAUUGGGAAAAGAGACAUCCAGAGACUCUAUGCGAGAUUUCAGGGAGACUUUACACUUUUUGGCUAUAAAAAACCUGAUUUUUUACUGGAUUAACCUAUUCUUAGAACUUAGUUUGUUUUUAUUUGUUUUAUAAGAAGUGUAUGUACAAAAUAUGACCUUUUAAUAAUGUAAAGAUGAAUCAAGAGAAGAGUAAUUGCUGCUUGGGUGAAAAGUCUGCAUGCAGCAAAGAAAAAAAUAAAGCACAGGAGCCUAAAAUCUUGGGAAUCAGAAAUUCAGUUAACUGAUAUCAUCCCUCUUAAAUGUGCUUCCUAGAGAAAUGUUCAUUCAGAAUGCUCAUCAUCAACUACUUGUCAGACACUCAUUCAGUCACCUGUCCAUUUACCUAUUUGGGAUUUUCUCAUCUGUUGGGAUGUCAUUUUCUGUUUAGCAUGUUGAUUAGGGCACCACAUUUGUGCAUCAGUUAUUAUUGCUCUCUGACAUCUUCAGAGUUCAGGUUCAGAUGAUCCCCUGCUCAUUGUCUAAACAGGGUCUGCACAAUCUUACAAUGGCAUAUCCUUUUUUUCUCACAUCCCAAAAAUGAUAUGAUUUUUGAUGUCUCUAAAUCAUUCCCAUAUGAGUGAUUGUUAAUGUGUGUGCCGGUGGUCUUUGCAAUGGACUGGCAAUUUUCUUCAGGGUUGAUUCCGGCCUGUUGCCAAAUGCUGUUAUGAUAAUUCCACCCCCAUAACCAUGACCUGAAUUAAAGAGUUGAGAAAUUGGAUAGAUGAAUAGAUAAAUUGAUUAACUUGUGUUUCUGUUCAAGCCAUAAUGCAUUAUUACUAUUUAACAGGAUAGUUAAUCACCAGGGCUCAUAAUGCACUCUUUAGAUAAAGAAAUGAAACCAUUUCUAGCUUUUGACUAGGAGGAAGAGCAUCGGUAUGGGAGCAUAACCCUACCCCUAACCCUAAUUGUCAACUGUGCCAAUUCUGCCACCCCACGUUUUCCUUAGGUAGUGACUGUUAAAUGUAGUUCAGCAACAUUUAUGUCAAUCUUUAUUUUUUUUAUAUAAUUUGUAUUAGUUGCUUCAGGACAGGCAGCAGCUUAAAGUGUCUUGCAUGAACAGUUUAAAGUAACUUUUACAUUCAGUAUAGUGUGCCAAGAUCUGAUAAGGUUGAGCUGAGAUCUAUCCUCUGUCCAUCUAUCUUUUCACAUACUUAUUUCAGUUUAAGGCAAGAGGGAGCAGGAACUUAUCCCAGCAAGAUGGGACACA